GGAAAGGAGUCAGGCGGGCGUCCAAGUUCCCGACCAGGCGCGGGCGGCCUCGGCACCAGCAGCCAGAGGCCGCCGGGGCCGUGGAUGGGGAGGGCGCGCCGCCCGGCGGUCCCAGCGAACAGGCGGCCACGAUGAGGGUCAACGAGAAGUACUCGACGCUCCCGGCCGAGGACCGCAGCGUCCACAUCAUCAACAUCUGCGCCAUCGAAGACAUCGGCUACCUGCCGUCCGAGGGCACGCUGCUGAACUCGCUGUCCGUGGACCCCGACGCCGGGUGCAGGUUCGGGCAGUACUUCCGGGACGGCCGGCGCAAGGUGGACUACAUCCUGGUGUACCACCACAAGAGGCCUGCGGGCGCCAGGGGCCUGGCCCGGAGGGCCCCGGCCGGCGACACGGCGCUGGGCGCUCGCCGCGUGAAGCAGGACCACCCGCUGCCCGGCCAGGGGGCCCCRGUGGACGCGGCGCCCGAGCCCCCCGUGGACUACCAGGAGGACGACAAGCGGUUCCGCAGGGACGAGUACGAGGGCCACCURCUGGAGGCCGGCCUGGAGCUGGAGCGCGACGAGGACACUAAAAUCCACGGGGUCGGCUUCGUCAAGAUCCACGCCCCCUGGAGUGUGCUCUGCCGAGAGGCUGAGUUCCUGAAACUGAAGAUGCCGACAAAGAAGAUGUACCGCAUGAGCGAGACGCGCGGCCUCCUGAAGACCAUCAACUCYGUCCUGCAGAAGAUCACCGACCCCAUCCAGCCCAGGGUGGCCGAGCACAGGCCGCAGACCAUGAAGAGACUCUCCUACCCCUUCUCCCGGGAGAAGCAGCACCUAUUCGACCUCUCUGAUAAGGAUUCCUUUUUCGACAGCAAAACCCGGAGCUCCAUAGUCUAUGAAAUUCUGAAGAGGACAACGUGUACCAAGGCCAAGUACAGCAUGGGCAUCACCAGCCUGCUGGCCAACGGCGUGUACUCGGCCGCGUACCCGCUGCACGACGGGGACUAUGAAGGGGACAAUGUCCAGCCGAAUGACCGAAAACUCCUGUACGAGGAGUGGGCGAGCUAUGGGGUCUUCUACAAGUACCAGCCCAUCGACCUGGUCAGGAAGUACUUCGGGGAGAAGAUCGGCCUGUACUUCGCCUGGCUGGGCGCCUACACCCAGAUGCUCAUCCCGGCCUCCGUCGUCGGCGUCAUCGUGUUCCUCUACGGCUGCGCCACCAUGGACGAGAACAUCCCCAGCAUGGAGAUGUGUGACCAGAGACACAACAUCACCAUGUGCCCGCUCUGUGACAAGACCUGCAGCUACUGGAAGAUGAGCUCGGCCUGCGCCACGGCCCGCGCCAGCCACCUCUUUGACAACCCAGCCACCGUCUUCUUCUCCGUCUUCAUGGCCCUCUGGGCCGCCACCUUCAUGGAGCACUGGAAGCGGAAGCAGAUGCGGCUCAAUUACCGCUGGGACCUCACGGGCUUCGAGGAGGAGGAGGAGGCCGUCAAGGACCAUCCCAGAGCCGAGUACGAGGCCAGGGUCUUGGAGAAGUCGCUGAGGAAAGAGUCCAAGAACAAGGAGAAGCGCCGGCAUGUUCCGGAGGAAUCCACAAACAAAUGGAAGCAGAGGGUCAGGACGGCCCUGGCCGGGGUGAAACUGACAGACAAGGUGAAGCUCACCUGGAGAGACCGGUUCCCGGCCUACUUCACCAACCUGGUCUCCAUCGUCUUCAUGAUCGCGGUGACGUUCGCCAUCGUCCUAGGCGUCAUCAUCUACAGAAUCUCCACGGCUGCGGCCCUGGCCAUGAACUCCUCCCCCUCCGUGCGCUCCAACAUCCGGGUCACCGUCACGGCCACUGCGGUCAUCAUCAACCUGGUGGUCAUCAUCCUGCUGGACGAGGUCUAUGGCUGCAUAGCCAGGUGGCUGACCACCAUCGAGGUCCCCAAGACGGAGAAGAGCUUCGAGGAGAGGCUGACCUUCAAGGCUUUCCUGCUCAAGUUCGUCAACUCCUACACGCCCAUCUUCUACGUGGCCUUCUUCAAGGGCCGGUUCGUGGGACGCCCGGGCGACUACGUGUACAUCUUCCGCUCCUUCCGAAUGGAAGAGUGUGCCCCGGGAGGCUGCCUCAUGGAGCUGUGCAUCCAGCUCAGCAUCAUCAUGCUGGGGAAGCAGCUCAUCCAGAACAACCUCUUCGAGAUCGGCAUCCCGAAGAUGAAGAAGUUCAUCCGCUACCUGAAGCUGAGGCGGCAGAGCACGGCGGCCCCCGAGGAGCUCGUGAAGAGGCGGCAGCGCUACGAGGUGGACUACAACCUGGAGCCCUUCGCGGGCCUCACCCCCGAGUACAUGGAGAUGAUCAUCCAGUUCGGCUUUGUCACCCUGUUUGUGGCAUCCUUCCCGCUGGCCCCGCUGUUUGCCCUGCUGAACAACAUCAUUGAGAUCCGGCUGGACGCCAAGAAGUUCAUCACUGAGCUCCGGAGACCAGUGGCCGUCAGAGCCAAGGACAUAGGCAUCUGGUACAACAUCCUCAGAGGCGUCGGGAAGCUGGCCGUCAUCAUCAACGCCUUCGUGAUCUCCUUCACGUCCGACUUCAUCCCGCGCCUGGUGUACCUCUACAUGUACAGCCAGAACGGGACCAUGCACGGCUUCGUCAACCACACGCUCUCCUUCUUCAACGUCAGCGACUUCCAGAACGGCACAGCCCCCAGCGACCCCCUGGACCUGGGCUACGAGGUGCAGAUAUGCAGGUACAAGGACUACCGCGAGCCCCCGUGGUCGGGACACAAGUACGACGUCUCCAAGGACUUCUGGGCCGUCCUGGCAGCCAGGCUGGCCUUCGUCAUCGUCUUCCAGAACCUGGUCAUGUUCAUGAGUGACUUUGUGGACUGGGUGAUCCCGGACAUCCCCAAGGACAUCAGCCAGCAGAUCCACAAGGAGAAGGUGCUCAUGGUGGAGCUGUUCAUGAGGGAGGAGCAGGGCAAGCAGCAGCUUCUGGACACGUGGAUGGAGAAGGACCGCGACGGCGAGGAGCCCUGCAACCACCACAGUGCCACGCCCCGCCCCGACGGCCCGGGCCCUGGCGGCGCGUACCGCGGGGGCAUGCUGUAGCUGCGGCGCUGCGGGCGGCGGCUUCCCGACGGGGGCGCCUGGGGUGGGCGCACUUUGCCCCUCCAGGGCCCUGUGGCUCCCAGGAACAUGGAGGGCCACUUUCUGAUGGGACAUUUUUCUCUCUUCUUUCUGUUUUUCUCCUGUUUUUGCACAAAGCCAUUAUGCAGGGAUUUUUUUUAUCGUUAGUAUUCAAGGUGAACCCACGUGAUGGCUGGUGGUGGGCAACAGCGGGCCAAGGCGGGCGCUUCGCAGGGCCCUCAGCAGGCCAGGGUCCCCUUCGCAGCAGGGAGAGAGCAGAGGCCCUAGAAAUCAUCUGUUCCUCUGACCGAUGCCUUAAGACAGGUGAAAGAUGGUCUCCACGGCCUCCGGCCCGAGCUGGAGCCAGGUUUGGGGAAGAACAGAGAGGCUGAGAGGGACUGUGGGCCGCAGGUCAGAGAAGCCCAGGACUGUGAUCCCGACUCCUUCGGUGAGCACGGAAGCUGAGGCACUCUGCUCAGAGAGGUGCCUGGCCCUGGCCACACAGGGCAUGGGGGCUCCCGUCCAUCCUUGGAGCCCAGGGGUGCAGGUGUCCUGAUUAAGCCAUAGCUGACYGGCACCCCGGCGCCAGCCUCACACCCUGGGGUGCUGGGCUGACAUCAGUCGAUGUCCUUUUGUGAGAUGAGACCAGGGUGACAGGGAGGUGGGCAGGGGAGAUCACCUCCAAGGUGAUCUGAAGGAGGUUCAAGGGCAUCACCAAGUCCUAAGGCUUCUGAGAGUCACUCAAAGCUUUAGAAUACUUCUUGGUUUUGUUUAGUUGUUUAAAACUAAACUGCGGGAUGUGGAGGAUUUUUUUUUUUCUGUAGCUCAAGGUGGAAGUUUAUUAGUUAACCAAGUAUCAUUGAGAGGAAUUUCAAAUACUGUUACUACCAAAGAUUUUUAUUAAUAAAGGCUUCUAUUUUGGUAACAUUUCUCUAUAUUUACUCACGGGAAUGUCUCUGAUGGACAAUGAUCAUUUUAAAAGCUUGUAGAUAAAAAAGUUCUCAUAAAUGAUAUGAGUGAUCUAAAUUUGCACUGGUUAUACUAACCAAUUAUCUGAAAUGUCUCAAGCACCAAGAAACAAAACGUUUCAUCAAGGCCAAGGAGAAAAUCUCCAUGGUGUGUUUGAGCGUUUCCUGGUGGUGAAAUUGACAUUCCUGCAGUUGACUGGCGGUGAUCGGAGCCCCUCCAGGGGACAGGUCUUCCUUAUUUGCUAAAAUCAAACUGAUGCUUCUAUUUUCUCUUGUACAGUAGGAGUUUCAGAUGGAGUUUUUGUAUAUAAAUAUUGUGUUAAGAAUUAGGUGACUACCAAAAUUCCUUUUAUGGAAUCCAUUUUUUAAAAAACUGAAU